AUGCCUUCAAGAUUACGCACGGUGCUCGCUCUGGGAGCGACGUCGCUUCUUUGGCUCGCUUCCGUGUCGGCCAACUAUACGACUUACGACUCAAUGAGGGCGCAACUCGCUUUGAUGGAGGAUAGGCCAGACAACUGCCCGCCAUGCUUCAACUGUCUUCUUCCAGCUUACACGUGCGGGCAAUAUGGCGGCUGUAACGAAUAUGAUGGCACCUGCCGAUGCCCCGAAGGCUAUGGUGGCUUGGAUUGCAUGGAGCCUCUCUGUGGAUCUCUUGCGCGCGGCAAAGAUCGACCUAUGAGGAGCGGCGACCAGUGCUCCUGCGACGACGGAUGGACGGGCAUAAACUGCAACGUUUGCACUGAAAAUAAGGCCUGCGAUGCUCUCAUGCCGGAGAAUGAAGGCGGCGUAUGCUAUCAGAUGGGCGACGUCAUUAACCACAACUACCAAAUGUGCGAUGUUACCAACAAGCCAAUUCUGGACAUGCUCGGCGGCCGCAAGCCUCAGGUCACAUUUGAUUGUGACAAGUCAUCGGGCGAAUGCGACUUUCAAUUUUGGAUUGACCAAAAAGAGUCCUUCUACUGCCACUUGAACAAGUGCGAGGCAUCUGCCGAGUUCGACGAGUCGCGAAACAGCACCAACUAUGACUGUGGCAAGAUCCAGUGCAGCUGCAUUCCAGGGCGAUUUCUCUGUGGGGAAUCAGGGUCUGUCGAUAUCGGCGAUUUCUUGGAUCAAGAGAUCAAGGGCCCGGCUACUUUCAAGUGCCUGCAAAAGCCCGGAGGGAAGAACAACUGCGACUUUGAUGAGGCUGCAAUGAACGACCUGGUCAGCAGUAUCUUUGGCGACAAGACCAUCACCCUCUCCUGCCGGUCUGGAGAGUGUCUCUAUCACACCCAGGUUCCAGGCUACAAGCGGCCUGUUUCCAAGAUCAACACCCCUCUCAUCGCAGGCGUCAUUGGCAUGUGCUCGAUUUUCGUGGCGGUAACCAUUAUAGUUAUUUGGUACUUGUCUCGUCGCAAGUUCAAAUACGGCCCCAUCCAUUUGGAUGAUUCAGACGACGAACAAGUGAAGCUUAUGGCUGACCACAAGCCUGCCUCCCUUUAUUUCGAGAACGUCUGUUAUGGCCUCAACGGCCGGCAAAUUCUUUCCGAGAUCCAGGGAAUGGCACAUCCUGGAGAGAUAACCGCCAUCAUGGGAGCGUCGGGUGCCGGCAAGACAACUUUCCUUGACAUCCUCGCCCGCAAAAACAAAAGGGGUGUCGUUGGCGGGGAUUUCUUUGUCAACGGAGAAAAGGUUAAUGACACAGACUACAAGAACGUCGUCGGUUUUGUUGAUCAGGAGGACACCAUGCUGCCGACUCUUACUGUUCAUGAGACGAUCCUCAACAGCGCUCUCCUGCGCCUGCCGAGGGAGAUGAGCUACCAGGCAAAGGAACAGCGCGUCUACGAGGUUGAGAAGCAACUUGGCAUCUACCACAUUCGUGAUUCGCUGAUCGGAUCUGAAGAAGGCAAGGGACGUGGCAUCUCUGGCGGAGAGAAGAGGAGAGUAGGCAUCGCAUGUGAGCUUGUCACGAGUCCAUCGAUUCUCUUCCUGGACGAGCCCACCAGUGGCCUCGAUGCUUACAACGCCUACAAUGUCAUUGAGUGCCUCGUAACGCUGGCCAAGACAUACAAGCGAACUGUCAUCUUCACAAUUCAUCAGCCCAGAUCCAACAUUGUAGCCCUCUUCGAUCGUCUGAUCCUUCUUGCUCAGGGCAAAACUGUCUAUUCCGGUCCGUUCCAUCAGUGUCAAGACUACUUUGACCGCAUUGGCUACGCCUGCCCACCGGGCUUCAAUAUUGCCGACUAUUUGGUUGAUCUCACCAUGCAUGCGGGCACGACCACUUCCUUUGAUGAUGGAUCCCUCUCUGCAGACGUGGCGAGUGUUGGACCUAGCAGCACCCGCGCCGUCAAAUCAAUCGCCAGCAUCUCAGGUGGCAGCAUUGGUGAAGACAGUGGCGCUGAAGGCUCCUCGUCCACCAGGCCUAAGAACAAACGUCGAGACUCGGUUAAGACGCGCCAGGAAAGGGAGCUUUUCACCAGGCGCAAGAACACUGUCGAUACGGCCGCUUCCUCUGAUGCCGGCGAGGAGAUUGGUGCCUACAGGCUUCAAAAGCAGCCCCACAACUCCGAGGCCUCGCCAUUGACUGUGGACGAUCCGCAUGACCUUCCACCGGCUGCUUUGAGCGGAACAGACCUCGACAUGCUGGUAAACUCCUUCAAGCAGUCAGACAUAGCUGGGAACACGCAUGACGAAAUUCACCAGGCAAUUGCUGGUGCCCAGAGCGCCAACGGAUCCAACUCGAAUGGCUACACCACCGCCGGGCCAAACAUCCACACCAACGUCAUGGGGAGAGGGUAUGCUCGUGUCAGCUACACCCGCCAGUUUAUCAUUUUGUCCCGAAGGACGUGGAUUAAUCUCUACCGCAACCCAAUGUUGAUGCUUAUGCAUUACGCCAUGGCGAUUCUCCUUGGAGUUCUGUCAGGAUUCCUGUUUUAUGGAUUGACUAGCGACAUUGCCGGAUUCCAAAACAGACUGGGUCUUUUCUUCUUUAUUCUGGCACUCUUUGGAUUCAGCACCCUGACGAGCCUGGCGGUUUUCUCCUCUGAACGUCUUCUGUUCGUCAAGGAAAGGGCCAAUGGCUAUUACUCUCCGAUCACCUACUUCGCGGCCAAAGUCAUCUUCGACAUUAUUCCCCUCAGAAUCAUUCCGCCAAUCAUGAUGGGUUCCAUCAUCUAUCCAAUGACCGGACUGGUGCCCGAUGCUCCUCAUUACUUUACGUUUAUCACUGUUCUGGUCCUGUUCAACCUCGCCGCAGCCGCUAUAUGCCUUUUCCUGGGAAUAGUUUGCAAAGACGGUAGUGUCGCCAACCUUAUCGGUAGCCUGGUUAUGCUGUUCAGCUUGCUGUUUGCCGGCCUUUUGCUCAACCAAAAUGCGAUUCCAAAGGCCGCACAGUGGCUGCAAUCGCUUUCGAUAUUCCAUUACGGCUUUGAGUCACUGAUUGUCAACGAAGUCAGCCAUCUGCAACUGAUAGACAACAAGUACGGCCUUGAUAUCACCGUGCCGGGUGCCAGCAUUCUCUCGUCCUUUGGGUUUGACAACAAUGCUCUGUGGCCGGAUGUUAUCAACCUCGGCAUUUUUGGCGUCAUUUUCAUCAUUUUGGCGUACCUUGCCAUGCACUUCCUGCUGGUGGAGCGGCGCUAA